UUUGCAGAAGAAAAUAAGGAAAAAAAUGACAGAGAAUGGGUCAGGCAUUUACUAAGGUCUUGGUGGUGAAGAAGAUCAGGAAAAAGAAAAUAUUGAAAAAGUACUAAUAGAAGUCGUCAUCAUAGUUAAUAUCAGAGAAGCUUCAUCGUCAUUGAAGACCGUUAGGAAUCUUGGAUUCACUUAAGUUAGGGUUUCUGAAGCUCCCAAUCAUCAUUGGAGAAGGAGGGGCGGAAGAAAUUUUUAGGUUUAGAGGGAUUGAAAUUUCAUCCCAUAAUAUAGGGAAAAGGAUGGGCUUCUAAUUUUUUCAGAUUUGAUAUGUUUUAUAAUUAAGUUGGUAUAUUUUAUAAAUAUGAAAAAAUAUUUUUAUAUCUUGUAAUAUAGAAUCUUAAGUUAACAAGUAUUACUAUGUCAUUUUCCUUUCAAAGUUAUACCUAACGAGGAAUAAAUUCUUUAAUAACAUUGACAUAACUUGUGAAUAUUAUGACGUUAAUUUGUGCCCCUCUAGGCAUUAUAAGUUUGAUUUUGAAGGUAAAAUUAAAGACUAUCCCAUUUGAAGGACAAAACUUAAAAGGCCAUCACAAAUACACAGAACUUAAAGGCCAUCACAAAAGUGCAAAUGACCCAUUGAUUUCCUCCCCGCCCCCUAUCUUUGGGCUUUUUCUGUUUCUUCUAUCCUUGGGGUUUCAUUUUUCUCCUAAAGCUAAAAUUUUCACAGAUAUAUGAAUUUCUACUUGAAUUCAUAAAGUCUUGAUUUUUUACAGUGUUUGUGAUAGUAUUGCAGUUUGAAUAGAUCAUUUGGGUUGUGAAAAUGGAGGAAGGUGUUCCAAGUAGAGAAGAACCCAAAUCAUGGGAAGAGCUUUACAAUGUCAAUUUGGUUCCUUCUGAGCUUUUUCUCAAGUUCAGAAAAGAAAUUCAGGGUUUUCGUGUUGGCGUUAACCUGGAGUUUUAUAACAAUCCAAGCAAUGAAUAUAUUGGAAAACUGGUUUUAAAGCCUUUAGCUCCUGAACGGCAAUGGAAGUUCAUAUGUGAGCCUUUGCAUCGUGAAGUUCGCCUUCUAUCAAAGAAGAUCCCAGUUACAAAAUUUCUGAACCUUCAGGUAGGGAUAGGCCACAAUUUGCAGUUGCAUGCAACUGGUUGGAAAUGGAAGCUCACGACUUGUUUUGGUGGAGAUGGUGUCUCCAGGAUCCGCAAUAAGACGUCACUUGGAUUAUGUCCUGGUGUCGAUUUUCGUUUUGGGUGGAGAGCAGACUAUGUUCUUCCUGAAAUUACUGGGGCUGUAGGCACCGACGAGCCAUUGUUCAAUAUGAACUCUGGAAAAUUAGAAGCAUCGCUGGAUAGAGUGGAGGCCAUCUUUAGCCAAUAAGCACAACGAUCACUUGAAUAUGCAGGAGGAAAAGGAGUGGGGAAGUGAAAAAUGGAUAUAUGGAACCGCGAUGGGUUGUAUAGCCAACGACCCUCUUCAUACAAUGUGCUUCGAGAGCAAUAUCUUUUGUGAAAUGAUGAAUACGCAAACUUAUCCCAAAUCCUGUUAUUUAGAUUGUUAUUAAUAUGUUCUUUAAUUUCAUCUCUGCACAAUUCUUUGAUGUACAAAGCAGGAUUUGAAAAUUCGGUUUUUCAUUAUUCA